AUGAAGUUUCUCUGUCUUCACGGUGCCAUUGGCAACAUCGACAAUAUCAGCAUUCAGCUUGCUCCUUUGGUGAAAGAGUUGGAAGUUGAUGGUUCUGCUGGGUUCCACUAUAUCAACGGCCCUGUCUCGCUAUCGCCCCCGGACGGCUUUGCUGAGUACUUUGGCGUUGGUCCACAUUACCGGUGGCUGGAAGAUGGCGGAGUAGCAGAGGAAUCCAUGAUUUCCCGUGUUCGAAAGGCCCCGCAUGGUUCAAGCCCCGAGGACGUCAUGAGAGCAUUGGGCAAAGACUGGGAUGGCCGCUGGAACAAUCAUCAACAGGUGAUGGAUUACCUCUAUGACACGCUAGAGAAGAACCCCGACAUCGACGGUAUCAUCGGGUAUAGCGAGGGUGCUACCAUGGCUGCCAGCCUCAUUAUGGACGAAGAGAGAAAGGCCCAAGAGACUGGACGCCCCCGUCGUAUCAAAUGUGCGGUUUUCAUCACCGGGUGGCCACCUCUCUCCCCAGAAGAAAACGUGGUUUUGGCGGACGAGACUGACUAUAUCCUGGAUGUUCCUACCCUACAUGUGGUCGGUGCAAACGAUCCCUAUCGAUAUGGCGCACUAGCCUUGUUCAACGUUUGUGAUCCCGAUACCGCAGCUAUGUUCGAUACCGGGCGAGGUCACACCAUUCCUCGGUCCGGCCAAGUCAUAUUGGAGCUCGGAAACGCCGUGCGGGACUUGGUGGACAGGGCUUACGAAGCCUAA